UUUCUUUAAACACCUAAGUGCAAUUUGUAAACACAUAAUUUAAACUGAAAUGAGAUAUAUUGACUACGUUAAAGCCUUCCUUAAGGUGCGAUAAAAAGUUUAAUGUAUAGUUUCUAGUGGAUGAGGGAAAUUUUUAACUGUGUGUGCUUAAAUACCAACGGGUAAACAAUAUAAUCAGCGAAACAUAAAUAAUUCAUUUAUGAUUUCUUUAAACACUGGAGUGCGGCGUUCGGAAUUUACUCCGCUUUUGUUGCCCAAAACGCGCAUGUAUAUAUUUGACAGUUUGUACUAUAUUAAAUGAAACAGUGAAGGAAUGUAUUAAAAAUUGUAGAAAAUUUAUUCAUUGGACUUUAAAAUAAUGAAAUGUAGCGGAUAAAGAAAGUUAUGGAGAAAGAAAAGAGAUUAAAGUCACAUACGGUACCGGAUAUGGAAAAUACUAAAUUAAAACGGAGGCCGAAAACAGGCGUUAUUGUUGUUUCGGUGCAAUAUGAACCAACUAUUGAAAGUUCUUUGUCGACAACACGUGUAAGGCAGCGUCUAUGUGAAUUGAUGGGAACUGACGUCAUACGCCUAAAUGACAAGAGGUACUUCCAGACGCUUACAAAGCGUCUACAAGAUGAAUAUGAGACGACAAUGGAUAAGCAAGAGGACGCACGUGCAGCGUCCGAAGAUCAGCGUCUGCGCAGACUGAUGCUUGAAGGAAUCAUUGAUGCCCCGAACGAUUACAGGGCUGUCGUGCUAGGUCAUGACAAGAAACAGAACAAGAAGAAAAAACGAAGGAAAAUAAAGAGACAUACGCCUACUCACGUGACCUACGAUUUAGAAUAUAAAGCUUCUGACGAUGAAGGUCAAUCUAAAACACGGAAAGAGGACGUUGUCACUCAAGUAGAGAUUUUAUCUGGUUCCCGCCCGAGCUCUUUAAAGUCACGUGGUACCUCGGACGACCGAUCAACCAAUGUACCGGAAACAAGACGAAAAUCAGUAAGAAAAGUCAGCGCACGAGAAAAAGAAAAUGAAAGAAUAAGUCAAAAAUUGAACGAGAUGCAUGCUCGCCCUCCACAUCAUGACAGCGCUUUACGACCUACUUCCUCCUGUUCCUUACACCGGAAGUCAAGACAGAAAAAAUCUGCUGCACCCAGGUUGACCAACACCGAGAGAGAAUCAAUUUCCUCUGACGAUGAGAGCAAUGCCACAACGACCGAGUUCGAUACCCAGAGUCUGCCCGACACAGCCUACUUCCGGAAACAGUCUAAGUACAGCACUCAUGAGCCUGAGAGAGUGACAAAACUAAGAACUGAAGAGACUGUAGCCAGACUAUAUUCCAUAGCGGAGGAACUUAUUUCACCAGUGCGCGUGACCGACCAGCCUCAGAGAAAAGUAGUUACUCAACCUAAAAAAAAGAAAAUGACGUUUUCUCUAACCCAACGCUAAUUGUGACACUUCUGCCUUUUUAUGUAGUUUUAACCUCAUGUAUUCACCCAUUGUUACUGCAUUUAUUUAAAACAAAAGAACAACUAUUUGUUUUGUUACUUACAUAAAAUAUUAAUUAUAAUUGUUUUGUGUAAGAA